GAUGCUGUUAUUCCCUACAAGGAAAUCCUCCAGAUGUAUUGGGAGAAAGUGACGAGCUUUGUGAAUGCCCAGUGUGAUGGACUCGAACCCUGGCAACUCAUUGGCUUGACAUUUUGUUCUACGCUUCUAAGUGUGUGGCUGCAUGGCUUCCUCUUCCAGUCUGAGAGUUUAACAUCCCGAACUAAAAAACAGUUCUUUAAACUGCUGAGAAAAAUGCCAAUUGUCGGGGCUAUAAUUCAAAAGAAGAUUGAUGAAGCCUUGAAUGAUGUCACUUCCAGUUUAUCCUUCCUGAAAGAUGAAAAGGAUUAUAUCAAAGUGCUGCCGGAACAAGGCAUGAGCCAGCCUGAAGUACUAGAGAAGAUGAAAGAGUACAGCUCAAAAGGAGAUGUACGUUGGCAAGAUGGGAAAGUCUCUGGGACUGUAUACAGUGGUGAAGAGAAACUCACCCAUCUGCUAGUGAAGGUAUAUGAAGAGUUUGCCUGGAGUAAUCCUCUCCAUCCGGAUAUAUUCCCUGGUUUGAGGAAGAUGGAAGCAGAAGUAGUGAGGAUUGCCUGUACGCUCUUCAACGGGGGCCCCAACUCUUGUGGUGCU